AUCACGGAUCGGACAUGGAACAUUUCCUGUCACUAAAAAUAGAUUUGGGGUUUUACCUAUUGCAGCGUUGUUUCAUUUCAAUUUCAGACCAGUCAUACACAGAUUUGACCAAAAAAUAUGGCAGAAAGACUGCGACCAGAAGAUUUAGGGGUGAAUGUAAAUCUUGGGGAAGGUGAACAGAUAGUGUUUACUGCAGAUGAUGAUGAAAGUUUGGACGAAGACGAUGACGAUUUCCACUUUGCAUCCGAUCAACCUGUUCAACCAGUUACACCAACUAGACAAGCACCUUCAAGUUCCUUCCAGUUUACAACUGGUCAACAGGAACCUAGAUAUCAUCCUGCCCAGCCUCUCCAACCAAUACAACCUGUACAGCCAUUUGGGUUCUCACAACAGUUCAGACCCGCUCCAAUCCAACCAAGACCUGAAUACAUAGAGAUACAUAAAACACCUAAAGAGCUGACGCCUGAGACAUACCUACAAGAAUCUGAGGUUACAUUGUGGAAUAACUUCUUCCAGACAACACCAAUGAAUCCAGAAGAAAUGUAUUAUGAGCGUUAUUACUACAAUAAAGCGAGAAAGACCCUAUGGUAUAACGGAUAUGUAACUAUUGUUGGUUUCUGUGGUGAUGGGAAGUCUUCAAUGGCAGAACAUCUCAUGAUUAGCUUUAUAAUGAAGCCUAAAGCUUUAAAAUGGGGUUCACAUGCAGGGACUGAAAGAGAAUUUAAAGAAAACAGCAUUCCAGAAGGUAAAAGAGAACUGUACGAAUGUAUCUAUGUAAAUUCUCCCGAGGAAUGGUACAUGAAAGUUGACAGAAACAAGAAACAGGUGAUAAUCGUUGAUGAUAUAUUUGGUGAAGCAGCAACAAGCAUGCAUAAAAUAGAACCCUGGAUCCCUCAUCUAGACACUAUGGUUCAAACAGCCAUUGACAAUAAACCAAAUCUUCUUCUCAUCACAACAUGUCACAAACAUCAGUUCGAUAAACUGCCAUCUUUUGUCACUAGAAAGCGAAUCUUUUCCACCAAUCAUCUCAUAGAUCUCACCGCCCCUAAACCUGGCUAUUCUGAUCAAGGAUCUGUCAUUGAGAAAAUUUGCGAAUAUUAUGACUUUAAAAUGGGUUUCCGUGAUAGAGAUGAACUGCAGUAUGAUCAAGUUAAGGAGGGAUUUCCAAUCAAAUGCAGACUUUUUGCUGCCGUGAAAAGUUUCCACAUGGAAGGCAAACAAUAUUUUGCCAAUCCAAGUAGAGCCUUUGAGAAUGUUAUCCAGAAGGUGUAUAAUUUUGAUAAAAUUAUAUUCUACACAUUAGCUGUGGCUGUUUUGUUCGAUGGUAAACUUGAUCUUGAUAAAGAAGUAUUUGAACAAUACACAGACAGGGAACAAAAGAUUUUCAGAGAACUGAUAGAACCUUUGGAAAUUACACGAGAGGUAAAUCUUGGGAAAAUGAGGUUUGCAGCAACUCUCCUGAAUGGAGUUUUCUUUGUUCCAAAACAACUUCAUUGCUGGGUUUUCUGCCAUGAACAUGUCAUGCAUCUUGUAGCUGAAUCAAUCAACCGUAAAAUUCCAAAGAAAAUAGUCGAACUUUGUUCACAUAACUUUUUAAUGGAGAGAUGUAGAACUGGAAACUACUUUGGUGGUAAAAUGGAGUCAUACAUCACUGUAUGGCCAAAAGAACAUUCACAACUUGCACAACGUUUUGUAUUUGAGAUCCUGUCCGGAAAUGUCAGAUUAAUCGCUUCUCAUUCUGCAUUGAACAAUGAAAAGUGUUCAAAGGAUUUCUUUGAAUUUAUGGGCGAGAUGGGAAGUUUGUUACCAGUCAUCCAGCAGAAAGGUCCAUUUAAUAGAUCGUUAUUUUUCUGGGCAGCAUUCUAUGGACAAGAAGCUACAGUGAGGCAAUAUCUAACAAAUGAAGAAUUGAAAGAAUUUAAAAUAGAACAAUGGUUCCAGGAUGAACUUCAAGCUGCAUUGUUUGCAGUUUGCUAUGGAACUACCAUUUCACAUGGAAAAAUGGUCAAGCUGCUCCUAGAUGAAGGAGCACCACUGACCUCAAAUGAAAAUCUUGCAGACGAUGAAUUUAAAGAGUUGUAUGGAGAUGAUUUACUUGAUUUAAUGAAGUUAAAACCAACAUUGAUGCAUAUAGCUGCUCAAUUUGGUUCAGGAGAAACAAUCAAAACAUUAAAACAAAAAGGAUUAGAUAUAAAUGCAGCACUUGAGGAUGGAUACACACCAAUGCAUCUGGCAGUGAGAAAUACAGAUGAUGGUGCUGCUAGAGCACUGAUGGACCUAAAGUGUGAUUUAGAGGCGGAAACACCCAACGGACAUAAACCUAUACAUGAAGCUUUAUUGGCAGGUAAAGAAAGCAUAAUCAGACAACUUCACUACAAUGACAAAGAAAGGUUGAGUAAAACCACAAUGGAAGGUAGCCGAUCGCUCUUACAUGCAGCAGCUUGUACUGGAGACAAGCAGAUUGUUACUUUAGUCCAAGGAUUGGGAACUGGUUGCCGUGGAAACAGUGUCUUUGAUCCUUGGUCACCAUUGGCAGAAGCAGCAGCACAAGGUGAUUUAGAAAUCGUAAGAUAUCUUGUUGAAAAUAAUGCAGAGGUUAAUCAGUCUGGAAUAUCUGGAUGGACAGCACUACACUUCGCUACACUGUUUUACCAUGAAGAUAUUGUUAAUUUCUUGUUGAGCAAAGGUGCAGACGUUAAUUCAACAACUUCAACUAAAAUAUCCCCACUUCAUCUGGCAGCUGAAAAUGGAUACUCUGAACUUUGUCAUAUCCUGUUGGAUAAGGGUGCAAAACCUGAGAUGUUGACAAGCCAAGGAGAAUUUGCUCUCACAUUAGCAGCAAAGAAUGGACAUUUUCAUUUGCUACAGUUUUUCUUGGAUGAAGGGAUAGAACUUCCACUGCCUCAAGAAAGGGAAAUAACUCCAAGCCAGAAAGAUGAAAUUUUAAUUGCAAUAAUGCAAAGGGCUGGUCCGGAGUACAAGCACAGAUAUAUGUUCAUGUAGCAAGAAUUUUUAUAUUGUAUAAUUCAAACUUUUAUCUUAAUAAUGGACUAAUAUUGUUUGCUUUGCUGUUAUACUAACAGGUGAAUCAAGUA